GUCUCCUCCAACCGCGGUUCAACGAUGAAGCCCGCUUUAGUAAUUUUCGCCAGUUUCUGCUUGCUGGCCCAGGCAGUGCACCAACUGCCCAGCCAGGUCGCUGACGCUACUUAUCUGACUAAGCAGAAGAACAUCUACGAACUGUUUUGGCAUGUCGACCAACCCACUGUAUACCAUCCUGAACUCUACCAGAAGGCUCGCACCUUCAACAUCGCGGAGAACGUCGUCCAAUACAACGACCAGGAAGCAGUGACGGAGUUCAUUCAGCUUCUGAAACAUGGAAUGCUACCACGUGGACAAGUGUUCACCAUGAUGAACCCUGAAAUGCGCCAUCAAGCUGUGACGCUUUUCCGUGUUUUGUACAGUGCCAAAACUUUCGACGUGUUCUAUAACACCGCUGUCUGGGCUAGAUUCUACGUAAACGAGCUAAUGUACACGUACGCUUUAAGCGUGGCUGUGAUCCAUCGACAUGACACCAAAUUGAUCAAGUUGCCGCCAUUGUAUGAAGUGCUUCCACACUUUUUCUUCAACGACGAUGUCAUGCAAAGAACUUACGAUAUCGCCAUGGGCAGCACAGUUGACGAGAAGAAAACCGUGGGUAAUGUCGACCAAUAUGUACUUUUGGCCAACUACAGCGGAUGGUAUUUGACGAGGCACAAUGUACCCGAACAGAAAUUGAACUAUUUUACCGAAGACGUUGGCCUGAAUAACUUCUACUUCAUGAUCAACCACGAUUUCCCACCUUUCAUGUCUUCCAAAAUGCUUCAUACCCCACAAAUCCGUGGUGAAUAUUAUUUCUUCAGCCACAAGCAAUUGUUGAACAGAUAUUACCUCGAGAGACUCUGUAACGACAUGGGUGAAAUUAGUUACGUGAGCGUAAACCACCCCAUAAUAACUGGAUACUAUCCCACCAUGCAAUUCCGCAAUGGGCUUCCAUUCCCACAGAGAGAAGCCGGCGCUGUUGUGCCUCUUCACAUGCAAAAAUACGUCCAGAUGCUUCAAGACUUGCAUACUAGGAUCUCAACCGCCAUCGAUCUCGGUUUCGUCUUGGACACCAAUGGUAACCGUGUCAAUAUCUACGACAAAAACGGAUUGAACGUUCUUGGUAACAUCGUCCAAGGCAACGUCGACAGCAUCAACGUACAAUUUUACGGACAGUUGGACAUGCUCGUAAGAAAAAUCUUUGGAUUUGGUUAUGAAUCGAACGUCAAACACCAAGUGGUGCCAUCUGCUCUCGAACUUUGGUCCACCAGUUUGAGAGAUCCCGUGUUUUACAGCAUCUACAAGACUAUCCUCAAUUAUUACCACAGAUACAAGGAAAAUGUUCCCAGUUACACCGUAGAUGAAUUGAGCUUCUCUGGUGUGACCAUUCAAUCCGUAACUGUAGACAAACUCGUCACUUACUUCGAUCACUUUGAGUCCCUGCUCAGCAACGGAGUGUCCGUUCGUGGCUACAAAGAAGCCAAGAACACUUUGAUCCAGGCUCGUCAAUACCGUCUGAAUCACAAACCAUUCACCUAUUAUAUUACCGUCAACUGCGACAAAGCCACCACGGGUGUAGUUCGCAUUUUCCUUGGCCCAAAAUACGAUGAAUUUGGUCAUGAAAUUGACUUGGUCCACAACUACAUGAACUUCAUGCAGAUGGAUGAAUUCAUGGUUGACCUGAAGUCUGGAAUCAACAAAAUCGACAGAAGCAGCCACGAAUCCAUCUUCGUUGUUCCUGACGAGACCGCCAGUCACAUUCUCUACAAAAAGCUUGUAAAUAGCAUCGAAGAUGGCGCAACUUUCAAGUACUCUGAACAGCCUUAUGGAUUCCCUGAAAGACUCCUUCUGCCAAGAGGUAAAAAGGGAGGUAUGCCCUACAACCUCUUCGUCAUCGUUUCGCCGGUCAACCCGUCAGACACCGUCCAAGUAGAUUCUCCCAUAUGGGGUCACAUGACCGACGAUGGACGUUCUAUGGGCUUCCCUCUGGACAGGCCUGUCAGUUCUCUACUCUUCAACGUGCCUAACAUGCAUCUCACGGAAGUUCUGGUUCAUCAUGGAACUGAGCAGGAACUGAACACUGUCGAUGAAACAAAACUUUCCAUGUAGUUUUUCUAAGUUAUUUCGUAAAUAUUAAUUCUUUAAUAACUCCUUAAUAAUUUCCUUAAAGAGGAAACGACAAAGAGAUGUAGAAAGAGACGAAAUAAAAUAAUGUAAAAAUUA